AUGAAGUUCAACAUCAUUGCCCUGGCAGCUCUGCUGACCACUGCCGCUGCUCAAGGUCUGGGCGACCUGCCCGAUUGCUCGAAAGAAUGUGCCACUGGCGCCAUUCCCAAAAGCUGUGGCAUUGACUUCAAAUGCAUCUGUGAGGCCAAGUCCUUCCUGAAUGAUGUUUCCUGCUGUGUGGCAGACAAGUGCUCCGCGGCAGAUCAGGAGACCACCCUCAAGGUUGCCAAGUCGAUCUGUGCUCGUGGCGGUGUGACCGACCUUCCCACCGAGGUGACCUGUUCCAGCAGCAGUUCAAGCUCUGGAACCAAGACUAGCACUGAGGCAUCGGCCUCGACCUCGAUCUCGACUGGCUCAACUACUGCGUCAGCCUCUGAUGCUUCUACCACUAACACUUCCAGCACUAGCUCCGAUAGCUCAUCUUCUGCUUCUGCCUCCGCUGCCGCGACCAGCACUGGCGCGGCUAUGCCUGCUCGCAAGGAUUCUGCUCUCAUGGCUGCUGCUGGUGCCGCUGCCGCGUUUGCCAUCCUUAUUUAA